CCGGUCCGAAUCGAUAUGUUACAUUUAGAUCUACACCCCAUCUCUAUAGGGUGCCUCGGUGUUUAAUAUUGUUGUUUUUGUGUGUUAAGGGCAUCAGUCAGGAUCAAGAGCAAUGGGAUGCCUGGGCGAGUGCCUGGAUCUGGGUCCGCCUCCGGACAGCAUCCUCUUCAUGCCACCGCCACCCGUCCCCGAUUUCCUCCAACACUCCCUGCCCGAACUCCUCCUGAACACCACCCCCUGUUGGGCCGCCCAGAUAUGCGAGCCUUCGCCGAUCUCCAACAAGGUGCCCGACAUCCUGGAGGACUAUGUCGAGUUGCCAAGAAAAGAUAUCGAAACGUGGUCCGUAAGUGGAAUUGACGACACAUGGAUCUUCGUUCUUGUGGCUUCUUCAAUAGGAGUGUUAUUGUUAGGAGCAUUGCUAGCAAUGUUUUUACUUAAAUGUAGAGAGAUGAACAUGUUUGGAAGUAGCGAGUGUUCGCUCCACGCCCGAGAUCACCGUCCGAUCAAAAACCACGAGACCCGCGACUGUUCGACCGUGAGUAAUUUGAACAGCAGCAAACUGGUCCAUCCGUCUGACACCGUCUUUUACCACGGAACACCCAGCAUGCAAGACAAUCGAAUGGUGUGGGCCGCGUUGACGCCGCGCGGCACCCAACAUUUCAUUUCAGAAAACUAUCCGAGAGACUUGCUCGAAUAUGGGGAGCCGGAAGACCAUUACGAAACGAUCGAUAACGUUAAUAUACAGCCCGUUUUACCGCAACAUCCCGGAACAUAUCAUACGUUCCAAAAAGGUUUGACAUUAAAGCUUUCGCGCGAAACAACUAGUUUUGAUAAUUCUGGCUUCGUAGAUUACGACUACGAGGAUCCGACUCCCUUGAUCGAAAGUUACCAAAUGAACGACAUGGAGAACGGCGGUGAGGCCUCUCACUAUCAAAUCAUUGGAAACACAGACAUGAGAUGCGCCAGUCUAGGUCUCGGUGGCAACACUCUGAGGAGGGCUAUACCGAUAAGACCUCGCGUUUCUUCGCCCACCAGAAUUGAACAUCCUAAUUUGCCACCGCUUAAUCUCUACCCGCACAAAAAUAAUACCUUUAAGAAAAACAACACUAUCAGCUACAGGAACAUGGACACCGGAACGCUCCCCAAGUACGGGUGUUAAAUGUUGACUGCUUUAUCUGUACUGUGUUAGCACAUUACCAUAUACCAAAUGUACUCCUGUAUGUUUUUAUAUUUAUUAGUUAUUUUUCUAUUGUUUUAGCUAUUUAAACGUGUUCUUAUUUAAAUAAACUAUUUGUUAACAAUUGAA